AUGUCUACCGAAAAGAGUAAAAGAGCAAUUCGACGAGGAAAUCGAGCUUUCGUAACGAAAGUUAUUCAGACGGCAAAUGACGCCAUUGACAAGUUUGGUGGAACUCAGGCGGAGAAAGAUGCGUUAGAGGGUUGUAAAAUCACGUUAAUCGAUAAGAAAGAAUCCAUAAGAAAGCUUGAUGAAGCUAUUCUGAAUGAAAUUGAAGAUGAAGAGAAGAUUAUGGAAGAUAUAUUUCAGGCUGGCGAAGUGGGUGAGUCGAUCAAUAAAAUGCUUGUUAAAAUUGACAAUGUUUUGAAAACAGUUGAAGCGAGCAGUGUGUCCUCGCCAGGGGGACUGGGUACAACCAUGCCUAGCGUAAGUCAGCCAAUGUACCCCUCAUCAGCCAGAGCAAAAUUACCAAAACUGUCCUUGAAGAAAUUUGCUGGAAAUCCUACUGAUUGGCAAUCAUUUAACGAUAGCUAUAAAGCUUAAUUUUAGUUUAUUGUACGAUCAUCCAGAUUAAAAUUGUUUUAUUAUUUCUGACGUUUCGGCUACCUACACGGCAGCGAUUAUCAAAGACGUAUUACAGUUACAAAAAAAUUUUUACAGUUAUAAUAAUGUUAUCUUGCGUCAAAAACGACGUGCGCGUGUUCGUGAUGUUGUUUGCUCGCGCCUGCGUUCAAGGCAUGAGAGCCUGCGUUCAUGCGCGAUUAGUCCAGCGUAUGCUCCUGGCAUAUCGCGGCAAAUAUGUCCUGAAAAAGCGUACAGUGACAUUGAACGACACCUAGAAAGCAGUAUACCCGGAGAUUUGCUAGAUGUAGUUAAGAAUAUCGCAACAGAACAAUCUCGUAAAGUGAAAGAAGAGACGCAUACACGUUUGAACGAUAAAUUACUGGCGCUAGAACAGAAA